ACACCAGGAAGAAGAAGAAGGACAGACACGGAAGAGUUCAUCCGUGUGCGAGUAAAACGAGCUAGUAAACAGACGGUUCUGUGCUAACAUUCUCCUCAGAAUAGUAGUUUUAAAGCACUAGCCGUCAGUUUCAUUGUAGCAACAUUUAGCUGCUAGUUAGCAGCUAAGAGUAGCUGACAUUAACAGGCAGCAGUUUGACAGCUAACUAGCUUAGCAGCUGUGACAGGCCGACAACAACACGCUAGUAUGGACUCUUGGGUUCGCUUUAACUCCCAGAGCCAAGCAAAGGACAAAAUUAUUAGGGCUGCUCAGUAUGCCUGCACUCUGUUGGGCUACACGCUGCAGAAAGGAGGGGCAGCAGCUGAACUUCGCAAAACCAUCAGUCAGCUGGAAGCACACAUGAGCCUGACGAGAAAGCUGCUGCGUCUGGGAAACUCUGUGGAGGCUCUGGAGGCGGCAAAGAGGGCCAUCCACCUGUCUGACAGCGUGCUGAGACUCACCCUCACCAUCAGCCAUCUCAACAGAGCCAUGUACUUUGCCUGUGACAACGUCCUGUGGGCUGGAAAAACAGGCCUCAUCUCUAAACUGGACCAGAAGAAGUGGAGUCAGAGAUCUUUCAGGUAUUACCUCUUUGCUCUGAUCCUCAACCUGACUCGAGAUGUGUACGAGCUCCACCUCCUCAUGGAGUGUGAAGCCCGUUACAGAGCCACCAAAUCACCGCUCAGCACCACCCAGCCCUCAGACGGGUUGUCCUCCCCCUCCUCACCCGCCAGCACAGCUGCUGUGGCCCUGCCCGUCAUGUCUGCGUGGAUGCGCAGACAGCUGCACCUGCUGGUGACGGUGCUCUACAGUAACCCUCCGCUGCUGAUGGACCUGAUGAAGAACAGUUGUGAUAUCUUCAUCCCACUGGACCGGCUGGGGAUUUACCCCACAGGGACAGGUUUUGUUGGGGCAUGUGGCCUGGCCUCCUCUGUCCUCUCCAUCCUCACCAUGAUCCACCCCUGGCUCAAACUCAAGCCAUGAACUCAGAGACACAGAGGAUGGUCAGUCUGAGGAGCCACAGCAAGGCCUCAAGUCACAACCUAACAGAGUUAACAGACUCAUACUGUGAAGACUGCAGCUGCUGCUAGGAUCUGCUUUUUAAAUAAGUGGCAGGACCUUAACAUCCUUAAAAUGAUCUCAAUAUAAGAGUCAGGGUUGAUGCAUGAGGAGUUACUCAGCAUCACACACUGCAUCCACACAGCUGAUUACUGACCUGCAUGUCUGCUUGACCUCAGUUCCAGCUGUGCUCCAGACUGAAGAGAGGUGUAGUGAUGCAGCACAGUCUCAUACUGUAACACAGCUAGACCCUGACCCAGGACCACCACUCUACACAUCAAUCAGCCUGCUCUCAUCCUCUGAGCUCUGUGUUGGUUUCACUUCAUUUAAGAUCAAUAACACUGAAGCAAAACCUUUGAGUUAUUAGGCUCAUCAGUCAUCACAGCCUCAGCUAAACCAGGCUCUGUAUUCUCUGCCUCUGUUGCAUCUGCUCUCUAACAGGCUCAUAUUAGAUAAGACCCACCUUUUUUUGUGUCUGGCAACCAAUCAAAACAACCUGUGAUAAUGACCCUGAGCUUUAAUCAUGUUUUUUUUUGUUUGUUUGUUAUAAACUUCCAUGGUCCUGUGAGGUAGAGAUGCAGGAACAUGGUGUAGCAUAGUAAUGAUCAAACUUGUAUUUCAUUUAAGGAGGAAAAGUGUUGCUGCUCUGACUUUUAACCAGCUGACAUGUGGCACCAACCUCUGACCCCCACCACAGUCUGAACUCUCUCACUGUGGAUCUACAGCUGUCUGAAUAACACACAUUCACAGACCGAAGCCUUAUUAACAAGACUAGUACAUCCUGACUUACUAUAGAAAUUUCAAAAUAAGACUUCUAGCGUAAAUCCUUCAGAAUAAACUUGUUAAACUUACUAAAAGGACAUGUUAAAGUUCUGUUGACUUGUACUAGUGCUCAAAAAUAAUCUAUUUUGGAAGAACAUAGGAAUAUUUUGAACUGAACAAAGUCAGUGUUUAAUUUUUAAAUGACAGUACUACUGAAAUUACACUCAAUUAUAUUCUAACUGCACAUUCAGAGCUCUUAUGCAGCUAUACAUCGAGCUGCUACAAACCAGCACAGGUGUAAAACAUCAGCUGUGAGUUGGGGGGAGAUCAGUGAUGCAACAUGAAUCUUUUAACUACUUGUUUUUUAUAGCUUUAAUGUGUUUUCUCAGAUUUUAGCAAAUGAUGUCCAAAUGAUUUUAUGUAAGAUGAGGAGAGUCUGGAGGGAUCAUAACAUGCAGUGUGACGGCAGGAAGUUGCUGUUUGGUAAUGUUACAUAUGUUACUUCAUGCUUGUAGUAGCAGCUCUGAUAAUUACGAGUUCAGAGUCAUGGAACUGAUGUGCUGCUAAUGGUAA